CGUUGCUCCGACGCAACCUUCUUACAGCCAAGCUUCGAUGACCAGCACAUCAUCCGCCUGUAUGGAACAUGGUAACCUUCAGAGCAUAGCUUCUAUUACGUCGCAACUUGGCUCAUUCUCUUCCGACACCACACACGUCUCACAGGCCUCGUCGAAAGUCGACACCUCACCUUAUAGAUAUGUCACCCAAGACAAAGUGAUUGACACAACCUACCCCAUAGCCUUGGUUGACCUUUCUUCAGCAAAUCAACCUGAAAAAUUGACGGAUGAUCUACAAAGACAACUUCCCGGAAAGGCAGUCAUGUUAUUUAAAGACAUACACGAUCUGGCAGGCAACUGGCACUUGUUUGAAACCAUUCUUGUGGACUUUGGACCGGUACAGGAAGCUGCAUCUAACAGUUCGGAUGAAUACAAGGGCACCUUGCAUAUUUAUGGGAAAUGCCGAAAAGAGAUGCUGGUACCCCAGAAUUUGGCCCAGUUGAUGCUUGCUCCGGCAAAUACUCCUUCAGACCCUAAUCGUGCUUCAGAUACCAUGAGCCAGUUUCCAAAGCUAUACGGAGUCCCUGUUUUCCAGUACAGCAGUGAACCCUGCAGACCAUCUCUCUUUGACGACGACACGAAAAAUCAACUGGUUUCCUUCCUUCUCGAUAGCUGCGAAAGAUACCACACAGCUGUCAAUAAAAAAAGACCUGGCGUCAUGGAGAGGGUUCAGGGUUUUUUGUUACAUCUCUUCGAAAGCAGCUAA